GAAGAGGAGCCUGGUGGCCAUCGGAACCCACGACCUGGACACCAUCUCCGGGCCCUUCACGUACACGGCCAAACCUCCCGCAGACAUCUGCUUCAAGCCGCUCAACCAGACCAGAGAAUACACUGCAGCCCAGCUCAUGAGCCUCUACAAGACAGACAGCCACUUGAGACAUUACCUGCACAUUAUUGAAGACAAGCCUGUGUACCCCGUCAUCUAUGACAGUAACGGCGUCGUCCUGUCCAUGCCUCCCAUCAUCAACGGGGAUCAUUCAAAAAUCUCCUUAAAGACGAGGAACGUCUUUGUUGAGUGCACAGCCACCGACCUGACCAAGGCAAAGAUCGUGCUGGACAUGAUGGUGACCAUGUUCAGCGAGUACUGUGCCCAGCGUUUCACGGUUGAGGAGUGUGAGGUGGUGCACCCAGAUGGCAAGACGUGCUUAUACCCAGAACUGUCUUACAGGAAGGAGAAGCUGUCUGCUGAGUUCAUCAACAGAAAAGUUGGCAUUAAUGAGUCGACUGAGAGGAUAGCUCAGCUGCUGACCAGGAUGUGCCUGUUCUCCCAAGCAACUGGCGUCGACGAUGAGAUCGAGGUUGAGAUCCCACCGACCCGUUCAGACGUCAUCCACUCUUGUGACAUCAUGGAGGAUGCUGCCAUCGCUUACGGUUUCAACAACAUCACCCACACCCUGCCGCGCACGUACACUGUAGCUAACCAGUUUCCUCUGAACAAACUGACAGAACUGUUGAGGCAAGACCUGGCAGCUGCUGGCUUUACAGAGGCUCUCAACUUUGCUCUGUGUUCUCAAGAGGAUAUUGCUGACAAGCUUGGGAAAAAGAUCUCCGAGACUAGAGCGGCUCAUAUUUCCAACCCCAAGACUGCAGAGUUUCAGGUGGCGCGCACCAUGCUGCUGCCGGGCCUGCUGAAAACUGUAGCUGCCAACAGGAAGAUGCCCCUUCCCCUCAAACUGUUCGAGAUCUCAGACGUGGUGCUGAAGGACCAGACCAAAGACGUCGGGGCGAGGAACAGUCGGCGUUUCUGUGCCGUCUACUACAACAAAAGUCCAGGAUUUGAGGUGAUUCAUGGCCUGCUGGACAGGACCAUGCAGCUGCUGGAGGUGAAGGCUGGCCGAGGACUGGGGUACCACAUCCAAGCUGCUGAGGACUCCAUCUUUUUUCCUGGUCGGUGUGCUGAGAUCUUUGUGCAUGGAAAGAGCGUAGGGCACCUUGGAGUCCUCCAUCCAGAUGUCAUUAACCGCUUUGAGUUGACCAUGCCCUGCUCUGCCCUGGAGAUGGACAUCGAGCCGUUCCUUGGCUACACGGCAGAGACCCUCCUCACAUAUGACGUCCCCAUGCAGGAAACCCGCAAGCACCAGUUCCAAACGCACAACGAAUCCAAGCAGGCACCCUCACACUCCCCGCCUUCCACUAAAACUGUCUUUGGUGACAUGAACGCUCAGGGAGGUCUCAAAGCACUUAAUGAUUUCCUGGCCAACAAAAGCUACAUUGAAGGUUUUGUGGCAUCCCAAGCUGACGCUGCCGUAUUCGAUGCCAUCCCUUCUCCUCCCUCACAAUCCUUUUGCCACCUCAGGCGCUGGUACAAUCACAUCAAGUCCUUUCAACUGGAGAGAGCACGUCUCCCAUCAGCCAAAAGUCAGUUUGUCCUCCCACCCACUCCCCCUGCCUCGCCAAAUGACACCAACGACAAUGACAUUGACCUUUUCGGUUCUGACGACGAGGCAGAGAGCUUAGAGGCGGCUAGAAUAAGAGAACAGCGCCUCGCUGAGUAUGCCGCCAAGAAGUCCAAGAAACCAGCACUCGUUGCCAAGUCCUCCAUCUUGCUUGAUGUCAAGCCCUGGGACGAUGAGACGGACAUGGCCAAGAUGGAGGAGUGCGUCCGCAGCGUCAGUAUGGACGGGCUGCUGUGGGGGCAGUCCAAGCUGGUGCCAGUGGGCUACGGCAUCAAGAAGCUGCAGAUAGGCUGCGUGGUGGAGGAUGAUAAAGUGGGCACAGAUCUGCUGGAGGAAGCCAUCACCGCCUUUGAGGAAUAUGUUCAAUCUGUGGACGUGGCUGCUUUUAAUAAGAUCUGAUCUAGAUUAAAUCAUUUAAUGGUUUUCUGGUCCUGGCUGUAGUUAGAAUAUCACAAAAACAGUGAUGUAGCUUUUCACACCAUCUUGUUAGACUAAAAACAAACCCUUUUUUGAAGGCACCAAUAAAUGUUCCAAACAUCUAAUGAA